GUGCGCUUUUCGAGCUGCGUCAACUGCAAAGCAUUUGCUAGGGCUCCAUCAAUUUCGAAUCCAAACAAAACGAAAAAAGCAAGAAUUAUUUCCUCAAAGAUAAAGACAAAGAUCUAGCUUAAUUAACAGGUGACAAGGCAAGCGACAAUGGCAAAGAUUUCCGUGGUGCGUAUCCAGCGCGAGCUGGUCAAAUUGCUGCAGAGCGAGGAAGUUCGUCAGGGUUGGAUCAAAAUCGAGCUGGUCAACGGAAGCUGGACCGAAUUGCGUGCUGAGAUAAUUGGUCCUAAGGACACGCCCUACGAGGGCGGCCGGUUUGCGCUGGAGAUCAAAGUACCGGAUGACUAUCCGUUUGAGCCGCCAAAAGUCCGUUUCACUACAUGUAUUUGGCAUCCGAAUAUAUCGUACGUAUCUGGCAUGAUCUGUCAGGACAAACUGAAGUUCAGUUGGUCAGCGGCGAUAACAUUGCGCACAACAUCGCUAUCGCUGCAGGCGCUGCUAUCUACUCCCGAGCCGAACGAGCCACAGAACAUUGUGGCGUCCACGCAGUAUAAGGAAAAGCAUGAUUUAUUUAUUGUCACGGCAAAGCAUUGGACUGCAGCCUAUGCCGGGGGUUCUUUCAGUUCUGGCGACUGCGAUGCCAAGAUCCAGCGCAUCAAAGAUAUAGGUGUCGAUGAGAAAGUGGCGCGCACUGUACUCUCCAUACAUAACUGGGUUGUGCCGUCAUUAGAUCUCUUUCGCUACAUAAAAAAUAUACAAAGUAUAGUAUUCACUCACGUAACCUAAUCCAAAUAAUAUGUG